AUGGCGCCUCCUCCCAAGCGCUCGCUCGUAACUCGCUUCACGACCAACAAUUAUGUUGCUGGGAUGCUGCCGACGCUGGCCGGCUUCAUGUUUGGAUGCGACCUCAUCUCGAUGAGUGGGCAGGUCUCCAACCCCGCCUACCUCGAGCAGUUCAACCACCCAAACUCGAACCUUCAGGGAGCCAUCACUGCCGCCAUGCCAGCAGGCUCCUUUGGCGGCGCCCUCAUCAACUCGUACCUCAGUGACAAGAUCGGUCGCAAGUGGUGUAUCAUCAUCAGCGGCUGGGUCUGGGUGCUCGGCUGCAUCAUCCAGGCCGCCAGCUUCAACGUCCGUACGCUCGUCGCCGGUCGCGUCGUCGCCGGACUCGCCGUCGGACUCGGCUCGGCCAUUGUCACCAUUUACCAAGCAGAGAUCACUCGCCCGGCCAUCCGCGGCCGCAUCGUCGCCACCCAACAGCUCGCUAUCACGUUCUCUGAGUUGCUUCAAUAUUUCGUUUCCUUUGGCUGCUCAUACAUUGCGAACGACGCUUCAUUCAGGAUGCCUUGGGCCCUUCAAGCCAUCCCGGGACUCAUCCUUGGCAUCCUCAUGUUUGCCUUCCCCGAAUCGCCGCGAUGGCUCAUGGACCACGGCAGGGAGGAGCAGGCGCUUCAGAUCCUCGCCGACGUUCACGCCGAGGGAGAGACAGAGAACGAGCUCGUCCAACUCGAGUACCUCGAGAUCAAGCGCCAGGUCGAGUUCGACAGGACGUUGGCCGCCAGGAGCUACCUUGACCUGCUGAAGCCGGAGUACUUCCGCCGGACCUUCCUCGCCUGCAUCACGCAGAUGUGGUCGCAGCUGAGUGGCAACAACGUCAUGAUGUACUACGUCGUAUACGUUUUUCAGAGCGCCGGUAUUGUGGGACGACGAGGCGGCCUCAUCGCUUCAGGCGUGCAGUACGCCUUGCACUUCGUCGCGACGAUUCCCGCCGUGAUUUGGGUCGACAAAUGGGGACGGGUGAGUCCUGGCCGUCUCAUGAUGAUCGGCAUGUUCGCGAUGGGUUGCUGCCUCUUCGCCGUCGGAGCCAUCCAAGCGACUCUGGGCCAGCCGCUCCACUCUGGCUCCUCCGCUACGACGACCUGGACCAUCGUCGGUCACACCUCGGCCCGCAACGCCGUGAUCGUCCUCUCUUACAUCUUUGUGAUGCUCUUCUCGAUGACCUACGGACCCUGCUCGUGGAUCUUCCCGUCCGAGAUCCACCACAUGCGCGUUCGCGGCAAGGCAGUCAGCGCUGCGACGGCGACGAACUGGAUGUUCAACUUCGCCCUCGCCUGGUCAACUCCUCCGGCUUUCCGCAACAUCCAGUACAAGACGUACUUCGUCUACGGCACGUUCUGCAUCUGCGCCGCCAUCAACGUCUUCUUCAUGUUCCCGGAAACGAAGGGCCGUACGCUCGAGGAGAUGGACGAUCUGUUCGCCGCCGGUCACGCCUUCAGCGCCUGGCGCCUCUCGUCAGUCCCGAAAAAGACGCUCGCCGAAGUCGAGGCCGAGGUGGCCGACUCGGACAUGCGCAGCGAGGGCGACAACAAGCACACGAUGAACCACAUCGAGAAGUCGUCGUCGGACCACCUCGAGCAGGCUGGACGUCACGUCUAG